AUCAAAGAAAGAGUCAGAAGAUUUAUAUGCCAUUAUCUCAAAGCGCCAAAAUGAUAGGAGAGGCCGAGUUGAUUCCAUGUUAUCCUCUUUGAUGAGCAAAUAUGGUGGAGGCGAACCAUCUUCAGAACCGAGUGAAGAAGAAUUUGAAGCUGCUCGGAAGAAAAUUGAAAUUCGGAAGACGUCCAAAAAUUCAAAAGGUCUUGGUUUUCAAGAUCUUACAACCAGAAGGCUGUGCUUGGAAGAUGUCCUAGGUGUCAACUCUAAUAUAAAUUUUAGGAUUAGCAGGCACAAGAUUGAAACCCAUACCUUGGGCAAAGUUUUUCUAUAA